AUGAUCGCAGCGCCUUGGGACAACGUCCCUCCCCGCGAACAGCUCUUCGUGCUGGUCACCGGCGCAAAUAGCGGGGUCGGCCUCGGCAUCUGCGAACGCCUCAUCGACGACUUCCUCGCGACCCGGCCCCUGACCUCCCACCUGAUCCUCAUCCCGACCACGCGCUCCCUCCGCAAGUCCCGCGAAUCUAUCGAGUCCCUCCGCGAGCACCUCCGUCGCACAGCCACCACCUCCCCGGCCCUCCGCUCCCGUGCCGGCUCCUCCUACUACGACCCGGACGACACUCUUGCCCGCGUCCACCUGCUCUCCACCCAGCUCGACCUCUGCGACCUCUCCUCCGUCUACGCCUGCGCCGCCAAUCUCGUCGCCGGCACCCUUACCGACCCCACCGACCCCAUCUCGCCCCCGCGCGCCUACAAGAUCCCCCGCCUCGACUCCGUCGUAUUCAACGCCGGCUUCGGCGGCUGGAGCGGUCUCGACUGGACCCGCCUCAUGACCGACAUCUUCACAAAGGGCCUCCUUUCCGUCCUCACCUGGCCCGCCUUCAAGCUCGCCAGCCCCGGCGCCGUCCUGAACCAGCGACCCGUCCGCUCCGACCUGGUACCCACAGACUCCCCCGAUAACCCCCUCUCCCAUGCCUCCGCUUACGAUACCAAGCCCUCCUCCCCCGUGCUCGGUGAAGUCUUUUGCGCAAACGUCUUUGGCCACUAUGUAUUUGCCCAUGAGCUACUCCCCUUGCUGAGCAGGGCCACUCCCGAAGAGACACCCGGUCGCGUCGUCUGGACAAGCAGCAUUGAGCCUCAGGCGCGCCACUUCCGCCUCGACGACUUUCAAGGCGUCGAGACGGAAGGGCCGUAUGAGUCCUCGAAGCGCCUGACAGAUGUGCUGUCUCUGUCGUCCCACCUGCCCGCCACGCAGCGCGUCUCCAAAUCCUACUUCACACCCGAAGACCCCAAAGUCGCACAGGCCCUACCAGUUCGUCCUUCCUUUUAUCUCACGCACCCGGGCGUAAUCGCCUCAAACCUCUUCCCCGUCCCCUUUCCUUUUAUCCUUUUCUGGGCUUACAAGUUUGCGCUCUACCUCGCCCGCUGGUUGGGGUCGCCCUGGCAUCCCGUCUCAGGGUACAACGGCGCGGUCGCGUCCGUGUGGAUCGCGUUGCAGGACGACGAGACGCUCGAGGAGCUGGAAGCCAAAAAAAUCAAGUGGGGCUCCGCUGCGUCGUUUUCUGGGCGGCAACAUGUCAAGAAGACGGAGGUGGAAGGGUGGGGGUGGGAGGGUGCCGUCGAGGACCGCGAUUCGCUGGCGAGGGACCCGGCGACGGGCGUGCUGAGGAAGGUUGUCGGGCGGAACGCCAACGCCAAGGACUUGAGCAAGGAGCAGGUGGUCGAAUUCGAGGCGCUCGGGGUGGAGAUUUGGGCUGAGAUGGAGAGGUUGAGGCACCUGUGGGAAGAGUUCCUCGACAUUCGCGGGGAGGGCGUCAACGGUCACAGUCACCAUGCACAGUGA